UUGGCCAAUCACCCGAGAAGGAGAUACCCUUCUAAGCACGAACCAGCGAGUUCUGGUGUACUAAGGGAGAAAAAAAAAAGGCUUUCUUUCCGAACAUUGACUUGGUUGACUGGCUUUGUCCCACUCGAUUCGCGUCUUUCAACCUUUUUUUCUUCUUCUUCUAUUGAUUUAUAAUUUGAGCGGUGCUCGGUGCUUGAGGACCUAGCGUCGGAUAUAUCUAAACGGCGUUAAUACACCUCGCCAUAUUAGUCACUAUUUUAC